AUGUUAGGGGGUGAUGACUUACCCAUGGUUCCCAGAGCGGAUGGCCGGAAGGAGAGCACGGGAGUCGUGCAGUGUCACCGGAAAAAUAGAGGAGUGGCCGCCGAUAAUUAUUGUCUUGGAGAGGACAUGGGAGCUCAAGACAUGCCUAUGCUCGGUUUCAUGUGCACAUACGACAAGGUUCAGUGUCAAGAAUUUUUCCACAUGGAUACUUGGUUGUUUGCUCGGUUUCUUGCAGAUAGAACAGAAUUGCAUCAUCCUGUGUACGGAAUCUCUGGAAUUUCUGCAUCUACUCGUAGAUCACCUCUCAGUGCCGCCGCUAUUGUGGUGUCCUCCCCUCAAUUGGAUCCCAAUCCUACGAUACAGAUUUAUCAGGACAGCAGCAGCCGCAACAAAAGGGCAAGGACGAGAAUUGAAGAAGUUUCCCGUGAUGGAGCAUUAGGAUUUUUGUCGAGAAUCAAUGAAGAUAUAUUGUUGGAGAUCUUCCUUAGACUCUCUAACUGUCGAUAUGCUAUUCAAUCGAGCUCUGUUUGUCGGCAUUGGCAUGAAUUGAUCUCUCAACCCCAAUUCAUCCCUAGGUUCACCCGUCUCCAUCAAGAUUUGGAUAAAUCAUAUACCAUUCUUUUCCGCAUGAAUUAUUUUUUCUGUGGGGAUUGCCCAGAGUAUUAUCAAUUGGUUGCAACUCUUUACUCCAAUGAGUCUUUGCUUCUCCAUGGCAAGCAUGCAUUAUCAUCAUCGUCCAACUACCCCGAUUUUAUGGGGCCGAUGCUUAUGAUCAUUAGGGCAUCAUGCAACGACUUGUUGCUUGUGUCCCCUGAUUGCCGUCAGCGAGUGGGAAGAAACAAUCCACCGAGGUAUUACAUUUGUAAUCCGGUGACUAAAAAGUGGUUUCUCAUUCCUAGGGAUGCUCCUUAUGGAUUUAUAAUUGGGUUUGCAUUAAUAUGCACGCCCGAUUCUAGCGGGCCAUACAAGGUGGUAAUACUUGACUUUCUUAUUCUUGAUCAUGAAACGGAGGAAGUUCCUGAUGGCCACUACAUACAACCAGUUCUUGUGUUUUGCUCAGAGUCACAGCAGUGGACCAAAUCUUCCUUCUUGGUGCCUAGGCGUGCAAGAAAUGACUAUAGCGUUGACUUGAAUAUUGUUGUGUGCAAUGGGACUCUCACAAGUGAGGGGCCCAACUCGAGGACCCACCUUGGAGUUGUGAUGGACGAGUUGAGGUUGUUGCACGUUUUGAAGGCUGGGCCGGGCCGGAAAUGCUUCGUCGUGGGGGUUUGGGAGUUGGACCGUCGGGAUUGUUCGUGGGCAUUGGUCGGUCAAAGGGAGUUGACUUUUUCGGAGGAUGACUACGACAGGGAUGCAUUGGUCGGUGCCGCUUUUCAUCCGAAAGAUUGUGACUCGAUUUUCGUUGUGUGUGGAAAGAGUGUUUACGAGUGUGCGGUUUCAAAGGACAAAUGUCGCAAGCUUGGGGAGAUUCGAGAAUCUAUAGGCGACGAGAGUCUCGCGGCCUUUGUUCUGACACAUCCACUGUGGCCUACGCCAGUUCCAU